AUGUUGCGCUGCGCCGCUCCAAACACUGGGACAAUUCGUUGGUUUACCUUUUGCUCUAUCCUCGUAUUGAUCAUUAAAUCUGAUAAGCACGGUAGAUUUCUCGGUCAUGUGCCGACUCCGAUUAUUGUCCCCCAGUCCGAAGAUGGUAUUGUAUUCAAGGGCAAGUCAUCAAGUCAUCUUUUACGUAUUACUUCACCCGCCUGGGAAUACGGUAUGAGUUUCAACUUUUUCCAAGCCUGCGAUGAACCCAGCUCACUCCGAUCAUAA